AUGGAUUAUAAAUUUAAUGCAGAAAGUUCAAAAAGCAUCAUACAUGAUAAUGAAAAAAUUGAUAACCAAGAAAAUAUAGAUGAAAAGGAACCUGUAGAUAGCGAAGUUCUACAAAAUUUGAUUGAAAAAUUUCAUCAAGAUUUAGAUGAAGGAAAUCCAGAAGAAUCAGUUCAAAAUUUUGCAAAUUUAAUAGAGAUGACUCAUAAUUUCCUUAUCGAAAAGGAAAUAUAUUUAAAUUUACUCAAAACAAAUUUUAUUGAAGAUAUAAUUGACUUUUUAAUGAUGUUUGAUGACAACAGAGAUAUUGUAAAUGAUGUGUUAGUACUAAUUCAGAAUCUUCUUACUCAAGAUAUUUUGAUUAUCGAUAAUUUAGUUGAAAAUUCGGGAUUAGAGCCAAUACUUAACAUAAUUUCAUCAACAGAUGAUGAUAAUAUUGCAUUGCAAUGCUUAAUGAUUAUUAAAAUUGCAUUAGUAAGCGAAAAGGCCCAAAUUAUUUUAGAUACAACACAAUUUCCAGAUUUAAUUGAUAAUUUACUUCAGAAAUUCGAUAGAUAUGAGAUACUAAUAGAGUCUGCAUCGAUUAUAGAUGUUUCUAUUGCACAUUUACAAAAAAUGAAAAUUCAAUUUUUCAUUUUAGGUCUGAAAUUCUUUGAUUUCAUAAAGGGUAUAUCAGAUGAUGAACUUUCGAAUACUCUUUACGAUAAAAUUUUAGGUUCUCUUGAAAAUUUUUCAUUUUCUAGUUGUAAGAACGUUAUUUGGCUUCUUGAAAACAAUAUCAUUGGAUUCUGUUUCUCGGAGAUACCAAAUAUAUCUCCAAUUUUCAUUGGAAGAAUUUUAUUAAUUUUGGUUGGAAUAUUUAAUUCAUUUCCGCAGUUUAUUACUGAUGAAGAAAGCGAAAGCAGUCAUAAUAUAAGAGAGAACAUGCGACAAGUAGCAAAUCAGCUUCCAAUCGAUGAAAUAAUUAAAUUAUUUGAUUUAUUUAUUUCAGAAGCUGACGUUAAAUCGGUUGGAGUAGCUUUAACGCUAUUAGAACUUGCUGUACAAUAUGAUGAAUCCAUUUUUCUCCAUCUUUUGGAAAAAGAUUUUUCAGAAAAAUUUCAGGAUUUAAUGAUUAACACUCCAAAUAAGGUCAAGAUAUAUUGCAUUCACUUUUUAUAUGAAUGCAUGCCUUAUUUCGCGAGUUCUAUUGUUAAUUCCCUGAUAAAUGAAGAAAUUGUUGAAAUUUUUGAAAAUUUAAUCGAAAGUGAUGUCGAACUCUCAGAGAAAGUAUUCCAGAUUUGCUUAUCCAUAUAUAAUCUCAUCGAUUCUGACUCUCCAAUGAAGGAAAUUCUGGAUAAUAUCAUUGAUCAAAAUUAUUCUGCAUCAGAAUAA